CAUCUCCCACGGUGGUGGCAUCUCCCAUGGCGGUGGCAUCUCCCAUGACAGCUUCUCCCACGGUGGUGGCAACUCCCACGGUGGUGGCAUCUCCCAUGAUAGCGUCUUCUGUCACUGUGGCAUCUUCCACAAUCACGGCAUCUCCUGUGACAACAUCUUCCCUGAUGGUGGCACCUCCCUCAAUGCCGUCUCCCAGGCUGGUGGCAUCUCCCACACCGGCAGCACAUCCCAUGGUGGUGGCAUCUCCCAGAAUAGUGACAUCUUCCACAGUGGUGACAUUUCCCACGGUUGUGGCAUCUCCCACGCCUGUGGUGUCACCCAAACCAGUGGCGUCUCCCAUGAUGGCAACUCUCACAGUGGCGUCUUUGGUGGUGGCACCUCCCACGAUGGCAUCUCCCAUGAUGACAACUGCCACGGUGGUGGCAACUCCCAUGGUGACGUCUCCCAUGGUGGUAGCACCUCCCAUGGUGGUGGCAAGUCCCACAGCUGUGGUGUCACCCAAAGCAGUGGCACCUUCCGCGAUGGCAUCUCCCACGAUGGCAACUCUUACAGUGGCGUCUUUGGUGGUGGCACCUCCCACGAUGGCAUCUCCCAUGAUGACAACUCCCACGGUGACAGCGUCUCCCGCGGUGGCAACUCCCACGGUGGUGGCACCUCCCAAACCGUCCCCUCCCGCCACGGUGCCAUCUCCACCAGCUUCCUCCUCCGCCUCUCCCACCACCCCCGGUGGCCUCCCCACCUCCUCCUUCUUCUCCUCCUCCUCCUCCUCCACCCACCCCCGACCUGGGGGGCCACCUUCAAGGUGGGGGUGAUGGGUCCUUGGACCUGUGACCCCCUCCUGGCCCGGGCUUUGCCCGAGGUGGCCUCUCGUUUGGCCGUGGCCCGUCUCAACCGCGACCCAACCCUCAACGAAGGCUACUGGUGGGACGCGGUGGUGUUGGCCGAAGCGUGUCGAACCCCCCAGGCCGUGACGGGGCUACUCAACGUCGAACGUUACGCCACCGGGCUGGUGGGACCCCUCAACCCGGCCACUUGUGGAGCCGCCGGGCUCUUGGCCACCGCCUGGAACAAGCCCUUGGUCUCCUGGGCUUGUUUGGGUGACGUGGAGGGGUUGGACACUUUGGUCACCCCUAUGCCGGAGCCCGCCGGGGUGCUCCACGCCGUCCUCCGUUUCUUCCGUUGGGCCCACGUGGCCGUACUCUCCGCCCCACAGGACCUGUGGCGCGAGGUGGGGCAGGGCUUGGCCCAGGACCUCCGGGCUCGGGGGCUGCCCGUCGGCUGAGGAGCUCCAGGAGGCACGGGGUGGUGGAGGCGGAUGGGCUGUCCCCACCGUGACUCGCUUGUCUUCUCCUCACCAGUGGUGGUGAUGUGCAUGCACUCGGUGCUGCUGGGCGGUGAGGAGCAGCGGGUGCUCCUGGAGAAGGCCGAGGACAUGGGCAUGACCGACGGCACCUACGUCUUCAUCCCCUACGACGCCCUCACCUUCCCCCUGCCCUACCACCGCGUGCCCUACCCCGUCUUGGCCAACAACACCAAACUGCGCCUGGCCUACGACGCUGUCCUCACUGUCACCAUCGACUCACCCGACGUCACCUUCCACGAGGCCCUGCACCAGGCCAAGGAGGCCUACGAGAUCCCCGCGCACGUCGACCCCACCCAGGUCCACCCCCUCUUCGCCACCAUCUACAACUCCAUCCACUUCUUGGCCAAAGCGGUGGAGGCCACCAGACGAACGGGCCGUUGGGUGAUGGGCACCAGCGUGGCCGAACACGCCCGCGACUUCCAACUGGAGGGUUUCUGCCAGUCCUUCUCCGUCACCGAGGAGGGGGACGUCAGCGUCCCCUACGUGGUGUUGGACACGGAUGGCAAAGGCGACCAGUUGUGGCCAGUAUACGGACUGGAACCGGGGACGCGGGGAUUGAGCUACCGGGGCUACAGCGUCCACUGGCCCCACAGCUCCAGCCCCGGCACCGACGCCGGCUGCUGGUUUGAGUCGGGAUCCAUCUGCAACGGGGGGGUAGACGCCACCUUCGUCCUCCUCAUGUUUGUCCUCAUCUCCGCCCUCAUCGCGGCAGGGGCCGCCCUCGCCUGCUUCAUCAGGCGUCGCAUCCAGCAGGCCCAGCUGAUGAAGGGACCCAAUAAGAUCAUCCUCACCAUGGAGGACCUGACCUUCAUCAACACCCAGAGCAGCAAAAGGCCUCAGGGUGACUGGGUCUGGCUGAAGAAGUUCCCCGGUGACCAGCACGGUGAGGUCAAACCGGCCACCAAGCUGGCCUUCUGCAAGUUGCGUGACCUGCGCCACGAAAACGUCAACCUCUUCUUGGGCUUCUUCCACGACUGCGGCAUCUUCGCCAUCGUCUCGGAGCACUGCUCCCGCGGCAGCCUGGAGGACCUGCUGCGCAACGAGGACAUGAAGCUCGACUGGAUGUUCAAGUCCUCUCUCCUCAUCGACCUCAUCAAGGUGAAAACCGAGAGGGGACGGGGUGGGGGGGACACGCGGUGGGGACCGUGA